UUUCAGAAACAUUUAACACCUGUAUAUUUUAGAAUAUUAUAUAGUUUUUCUAAUAUUAGAAUUAGAAUGGCACUUUCAGAAGUUAUCGGAGUCAAACCUUUUUCUGAAACCAGUGGAAACAUUUUUGGAUCAAAACGUCUUUUCGACCGACCGAACCACUACAGUUUUGGAACCAAAAUUCAAGAAUUUGCUGUUCCUCUUGGUGAAGAACCCUCAGGCUUUCUGAAGUCCUGUUCCCAGGAUGGAGGUGUGCGCAUCGACCUGAACCACGGAACCACCACCCUGGCCUUCAAGUUCAAGCAUGGAGUCAUCGUGGCUGUGGACUCCAGAGCUUCAGCUGGACGUUACUUAGCCUCCACUGAUGUGAAUAAAGUGAUAGAGAUCAACCCAUACCUGCUGGGCACUAUGUCGGGCAGUGCUGCAGACUGUCAGUACUGGGAGAGACUCCUGGCUAAAGAAUGCAGGCUGUACAGGCUAAGAAACAAUGAAAGGAUCUCUGUAGCUGCUGCCUCCAAGCUGCUGUGUAACAUGAUGUUAGGAUACAGAGGAAUGGGCCUUUCUGUGGGGAGCAUGAUCUGUGGAUGGGACAAACAGGGUCCUGGUCUGUACUACGUGGAUAAUAAUGGGACACGUUUGUCUGGUCAGAUGUUCUCCACCGGCUGUGGGAACGGUUACGCCUACGGUGUGGUGGACAGUGGCUACAGAGAAGACAUGAGCGUGGAGGAGGCGUACGAACUCGGCCGUCGAGGAAUCACUCACGCCACACACAGAGACGCCUACUCUGGAGGAGUGGUCAACAUGUACCACAUGAGGGAAGAUGGCUGGAUCAAAGUGUGUAAAGAGGACGUCUCAGAGUUAAUCCAUCGUUACAAAGAGGGGAUGUUCUGAGUCCACCACUGAUCACAAAUAUAUCACAGCAAUAUUUUCAACUGAUGUGUUAAAAACCAAAGUUAUAAUGCUAAUUAUUUGUAAUAACAUACACAGUUAUCAUUCACAGUUGCUGAAAUUAAACAUUUUAAAAUCAA